AAUCGUUCGAAUCCUUCUUAUUUUUUGCCCAUCUAUAAGUCAGUUCAAUAUGAUUCGAAAGCACACAGAGGCCUUUACAAGGCUGCGUGGUUUUCGUCCCCGUGGAAAGCUAUAUAUCCAACUAUUUUCGUUUCGCUCUUUCUUGUCAAGGCGUCAAUUCACAUUAUGGCCGUAGUCGGUGAUGAAAAUGAAUUGUUGGACUACGAAGAGGAGGAGACAGAAACUCCAGCCGAAGCUCAGGCGACCAAUGAUCUCAAGAAGAAAGAUGUGAAGGGAACGUACGUCAGUAUCCACAGUUCUGGAUUUAGAGAUUUUCUUUUGAAGCCGGAGCUUUUACGAGCCAUCGUUGACUGUGGAUUCGAACAUCCUUCGGAAGUUCAGCACGAGUGCAUUCCUCAGGCAAUUCUAGGCAUGGAUAUCAUCUGCCAGGCCAAAAGUGGAAUGGGGAAGACAGCGGUGUUUGUUUUGGCCACUCUUCAGCAGCUAGAGCAAAUUGACGGCCAAGUCAGUGUGUUGGUCAUGUGCCACACACGAGAGUUGGCCUUCCAGAUCUCUAAAGAGUAUGAAAGGUUUUCUAAAUACAUGAAUAACAUCAAAGUUUCAGUGUUCUUCGGCGGUAUCAGCAUCAAGAAGGAUCAGCAGACCCUGAAAACCAACUGUCCACAUAUUGUAGUAGGUACCCCAGGCAGGAUAUUGGCACUAGCACGCGAGAAGUCACUGAAUCUCAAGCAUAUCAAGCACUUCAUCCUUGACGAGUGUGAUAAGAUGUUAGAACAGCUUGAUAUGCGAAGAGAUGUCCAAGAAGUUUUCCGCAUGACACCACACGAGAAGCAAGUCAUGAUGUUCAGUGCCACACUGGCCAAAGAGAUCCGCCCUGUCUGCAAGAAAUUUAUGCAAGAUCCCAUGGAAGUUUAUGUUGAUGAUGAGACAAAGCUGACAUUGCAUGGCCUGCAGCAGUACUAUGUCAAACUCAAAGAUCAGGAGAAAAAUAGGAAACUUUUCGACCUUUUAGAUGUGUUAGAGUUUAACCAGGUGAUCAUCUUUGUGAAGUCAGUACAACGCUGCAGUGCUCUUGCCCAGUUACUGGUUGAACAGAAUUUCCCAGCAAUAUCUAUCCACAGAGGAAUGGAACAGGAGGAAAGACUGUCACGCUACAGACAGUUCAAAGAUUUCUCAAAGAGGAUGCUGGUUGCCACCAAUUUAUUUGGCCGUGGAAUGGACAUUGAAAGAGUCAACAUUGUUUUCAAUUACGACAUGCCAGAGGAUUCUGACACCUACCUUCACAGGGUUGCCAGAGCUGGACGUUUUGGCACAAAAGGUCUUGCCAUCACCUUCGUCUCUGAUGAAAAAGACGCCAAAAUACUGAAUGAAGUACAAGAUCGAUUUGAAGUAAAUGUAGGGGAACUCCCUGAGGAGAUCGACCUUUCAACAUACAUCGAACAAGUACGCUGAAAAAGUGUAGCUACAGAGCAUCCUUGAUAACUGUUUUGUGUACGCCAAGAACGAAGGCUAUCCUGAGAAAAAAUUAUGUACUCUCUUCUCCAGUCACUUUUAAAUACAUUCUAGGAGAGAUAUCAAGACAUCAUUCUUGCUAGGAUGGAGGCAUUUUAUUCACCAAUUUGUAUAAGCAUACCACUUGUUUUUGAGUUCUUAAUAUUGUUUAUCAGUGUGUGUAUUUUUACCGAUUAUGUGAAAUAAAGUUGUACCUAAGUGUA